AUCUGCUCAAAGAACGGUAAGAAAACAUGUUCCACACGAGGAAUUUCAGUCUUUUUGUCUCAUGCCUGCUCCUCUUCAUCCUCCAGUCAGGUCGUGGUUCUGAGAUUAUUGAAGGGAAUGAAGUCAGGCCACACUCACUGCCUUUCAUGGCUUAUGUGGAAAGUAAAAGAUCUUCCUGUGGAGGGACAUUAAUCCAUCCACAGUGGGUCCUGACGGCCGCCCACUGCACUAAAAUAAUUAAGGUGACUCUGGGAGCGCACUCCAUCAAGAGAACGGAAAAAUAUUCUAAGCAGGUCCGAGAGGUUGAGAGACGUUUUCCUCAUCCCGACUAUUCCGAUAGAUACCACGACAAUGACCUCAUGUUGCUCAAGCUUAACCAUCCAGUGAAGAAAACCAAGACAGUAAAUUGGCUCAAGUUUGGCCAAACUGUCAGAGACCCUGCAGCUGGCAGCAAGUGUCUGGUGGCUGGAUGGGGAGAAACUGAACAUGGCGAAACAUCAGAUGUCCUCAUGUAUGUCAUUGUGACUGUGGUCGACAGACAGACGUGCAACUCUCGUGAUUAUUACAACCACAGACCUGUUAUCACCAGUGACAUGGUCUGUGCUGGUUCAAAUGGGUUAAACAAGGCGGAUACCUGUCAGGGGGAUUCAGGAGGGCCGCUGUUGUGCAAUGGAGAGCUGGUUGGAGUCACUUCUUUUGGACGGGGUUGUGGCAUCAUUAAAAAACCUGGAGUCUAUUCAUUUGUCUCUGAGAAGCAACUCAAGUGGAUCAAAGAAACAAUGAAGUCAUAUGAAUGA